AAUGACUAAAAAGACCAAGAAGGUGGGAAUUACAGGAAAAUAUGGUACUAGAUAUGGUGCAUCAUUAAGAAAAAUAAUAAAGAAAUUUGAAAUCUCAUAACAUUAAAGAUAUUUCAAUACCUUUACUGGAGCUGUAUUAUAAUGAUAUAAUAUAAUUUAGCAUUCAUUAAAGAGAUAGGCUAUUGGUAUAUGGAGAUGUACUCAAACUGGAUUAUAAAUUGCAGGAGGAGCUUGGGAAGUGAAGUAUAAGAAUUAAUGAUUAUUAGUACUCCAGCUGGAUUAUCUGCUAAAUAAGGAAUGCUUAGAAUCAAGAAAUUAAAAGAAGAUGCAGAAGUAGAUAUUAAAGAGGAAAAGAAGGAUUAAAAGAAGUAGUAACCAAAAGAAUAAAAGGAAUAAUCAUAAUCAUAAUAAAUAUAAAAAGGAAAAUCAUAAUAAGGAGGAGAAAAAAAGAAAGCUCAAGGGAAAAAGUAAUAAUGAU